UGUGAUAAUGGCAUUCACCAGAACGACGUCAUUCUGCUAAAUUGCAUAGGCGAUGCGGCUGCUUACUUCUAUAUGCAUAAAGAAAGAACACUCAAUGAAACGGCCCACCUGCAGUGUGACCCACAACCUUGAGGUACGUACCCAAGUACCUACAUAUGUAGCUUAGCAUCGACAUACACAUUUACUACCGCGUCGUCUUAUGAGUUUCUGAGAUUCCUAUCUCGAGAACACGCAGGUGCUAGGAGACUAGGGUGGUCUGGUGAUGAUUCCAGUGACCAAUCUCAUCAUCAAUAGCUCUUAGGUCGGCUUCGUUCAUGCAAAAUAAUGUGAAUGACCCCCAAGAAAAAGAAGCUGUAGCAGUCUUGUAUCUGCAAAUCCGUCCGCCAUGGCUUUAGCCAUUGAGUUCUUGACUAGCAUUCGAGGCUUUUUGAAGACACGCAACGGCAUUGGACUUCGUGACUGGCUUCGGGUCGAGCCGCCUCUACCCCAACAGUACCAUGCUCUGGCCACUGAACUCAAGACCGGCUAUCGUGAUGCUAAUGCCAUUGCAAAGCUCGUCGAGAGGUGUCUGCCCGAGGAGGAUGACCUACCAGAAGAUCAAGGCACUGCGUGGCCAGGGUUCAUCGCGUUUGUCAAGGAAUACUUUGAGUACUGGCGAGAUGUAGACUUCGAUGACCUUCUCGGCGCACACCAGCUUCUCAUGGGCCUGACCAAUUCAUGUACGACAGUACUAAAUCAUCCGACGUACGGGCUUAUAAUGCUUGAAACGAGCGUGUCUUUAUGCGUCUCUCUGUCCAAGCUAUCGAUGACCCUGAAUAAACGUCCGGAUCUGACUAAGAAGCUUAAAGCCGUGGAUACGGGCGACGAUGACCAAACUUCAAUCGUUGGCACUACGGCAGAAGUAAUCCAGAAGUUCUUCACUACAUGUCUUACAGAUCGAACAAGCCAGCGAUAUGGUCGGCCAGACGGUAAGAAAGUCGGGGUCUAUAUAUUCGCAAACCUCACUCUGAAGCUAUUGUUCGCUUGUCGCAAGACGCAAUUGGGAAAACAGCUUUUUACCAAUGUUAGCGCCAAAGCCCCUCCGUUGUCAUUCUACCCAGCAGCGCAGAGGGUUACGUAUCUAUAUUACCUAGGACGGUUCCAUUUUAUCAACAACCACUUCACGCGAGCUUCUCGCUGCCUUGAGCAGGCCUAUGUUCAGACGCCACCUAGCUUUCAAAAGCACCGACGCCUUAUUCUUACGUACCUAGUUCCUUCUAACAUGAUGCUGGGACGUCUCCCUUCUCCAACGCUGUUACAGAGACCAGAGAUGCAAUCGAUAGUGCCCAUCUUCUCGCCGUUUACCCAGGCCGUUCGCACGGGAAACUAUCUUCUUUUCCAGCAGGCCCUCGACAUGAACGAGAGUUGGCUAUUUCGCAAAGGGUUACUACUUACCCUUACUUAUCGCCUGCGCCCAUUGCUCUGGCGUUCCCUCUCUAGGCGGACCUUUCUACUCACAUAUGUCGCACCCACAGACGCCGAAGAUUCGCGCAAAGCCGCGACGCUGGAGCUACCACACCUCCUUAUCACCGCCUCAUACGUUCAAAAACGUUUAGAAGGAUACUUACCGGCCAAUCCCGGUGUCAAAGGCAGCCAAUCACAUAGUAACAAGAUGCUACUCAAGGCCGUCUCCAAUAGUGCAGGUUCCAGUCCCAAUGUGUCAACGCUUGCCCCGCCACCUGGAGGACCCAAAAUUCUACGUCCAAAUGAGGGCUUGAUAUGGGGAAACAUGGCCGUCACCGCAGAUCACGUCGAAGACAUGGUAGCUUCUCUCUGUGCGCAAGGGCUGCUUCACGGGUAUAUUGCGCAUUCCCAAGGUCGGUUCGCUAUUACGGGCACAAAGCAGAAAGGGAGCGCUGUAGCUGCGGGCUGGCCUUCUGUUUCUGAAGUACUUGCCCAGAAGGACGAUGACAUCCCUGGUUGGGUUAGAGACCAGUGAAACAAGACCAAUCUGCACCCCAUCGUGUUUCUCGUUUCACAUCUAUAGGUCCCGUGGUUUAUAUAUAUUGUAUAAGAGGGCCAUCGGUCGAGGCGGGUUUUGACGAUGUAUACGAACUAAAUGAUACCCGAUAUUACUGAACCUGUCCUGUCCGUAUUUGGGUCAAGAAUUUGGUGGAGGGCAUUAGUAAUUGAGCACAUCGAGUAAUAACACAGAUAUGGAAUGUCCACCUCGGUCAAAACGUCAUUCAGAGAGAAGAGGAUUGUGUUCUAGAAAAUCUGUAACUGCGUUGGGUAUUCGCACUCGAAAUUACACACUCCAUUUGAAUUAGGUGAACAUACUUCAGAGUAUUGUCAGUACUAUCUAAAGGAGUUGAAAUGCUACCCUGCCCAUCUCACGCUGUUCUCGAGUUUCUC